AUGGAAGCUCACAAAAAUUCCACCAACCAACCCUCCAAGCCAGUUCGACACCCCAUUCGCAAGCGUCAUUGUUCAAAAGGUAAAACACCAAUGGAAGACCUCACUACCAUCGUCGAAGAUCACGAAGCCAACAUCCAGAAUCUCAAUCUUCUCUGUGGCAAGAUGGAACAAAGAAUCAAGGAUAUGGAAGAUAUCUUGAUGCGGUCAAAUAUAACCGAUCGUAGCCCUAAAGUUGUCGAAAAUGAGAUACAAUUUCAGAAAGAUGAAGGUGUUGACGUCGUUAAAAAACAACAGAAGUCUGCGGAUUCUUUGAGGAAGCAGAAGAAAAUGUUUUGUGCACUUGGUCUUAAUCCUGAUACCAAGUGCGUUUCAAUCGACUUGAUGAUUGCCUCGGUGCUCAAUAUGGAAACCGUCGGAAGUAAUUGGCAAAUCGUCGGUGUCUGCAGGAUUUAUGGGAUCAAAAGGAGCAAGUUCUGCACUGCACAAAGUUGGAGAUUGGUCGGCAUAUCUUUCUGGGGGAACUUUCAUGUCAGAUGA